GCUUAUCUUAUCAACCGGCUCAAUUCAGUGCCUGUAUCCAACAAUGGAAAAAGGCAUCGAGUCAGUAUUAUAGCGGCCGUCAGUAAGAAUUUAUACGGGAAAUCGGUGUGAAACUUAAUAUAAAAUCAACUCAUUUCAUUUUUUUUAUUAAACGUGACUAAUGUGCAAAGUGUAAAUUGUACUAACAAAUUGAACGAACACGUAACGGAUUCCACCGUUUAUCUAUCAACAGCCGUUAUCAGCGACUGAAUUGCUCGGUUAUCAACUAUCUAAAGCGAUGUACUAAUGCCAAGCCAAAUACGCAACGCAUAUCGUCUACCGACUAAAAAUCAAUAUUUGUGCAAUUGAGAAUGAUUCGUUCGAUAUUCGGCUGUCUAGGACGGGUGCUACAGCUCAUCCGUAACCACAUCAAACCAUUGAUAUUGCUGACUUCCUUCGCCACAUUCGUCUGGUUGAUUGUAAGCACUACGAACCGGCCGGAGUUCACCCGCCACUCGCACAGCAGCAGCGAUGCCGGCGUAGACAGUUUCGCAGACAUCAAUCCUGAUCAACGAUGGAGCAAAAGUUCGGUGGACAUCUUUCUCCGUUUGUUGGAUAUCGAAGGGAACCUUACGUCCUUGGUGGUUCAAAGUCAGGACGAAAUGUGUCCGCUGAAGGACGAGACCGUCUUCAGUGCAUUCAUUGACGACUCACUGGAGGAGAAUCUUUGGCAGUAUUAUACGUUGAUAGCUCUUCGGCAAAACUUAGCCUUUUCCAGCGAGGGAGGAUUUGUCAUAGUUCCAUUUUUACCGCAGUCUACAAAACAACGACUGGAAAGGAUUUUUGAUGUCGUUCCCAUGGACAUCAUCAGCGACUUGCCUUUCGAUUGCUACGACAUCGGCAAUGCCGUAAUCAUCAACAGUUCUACAGAAAUCAUGCGUCCUAAAAGUCGCGAUCAAAUCCACAUUCUGGACAGUGGAACCCGAAGGUACCGAGAUUUAGUGGCCACCGAUUGGAACAGCGAAAGCUCGCAACUCUCGCUACAAGCAGCCAACGUCGCUCGUCAGCGGUUGUCCAGACUACGCGACCUAGGAGUAAAAAUCCGACCGGACAACCAGACCGGGGUUGAGUUCGUCGGAAUCUACAUCCAACUGGACGACUCGUUGCCGUUUGACUACUUCUAUCGGGCCAUCACUUUCCAACGGAAGCUUCACUUCGCCCGACUGAUUUUCGUUGUCAUUUGUGAAGAUCCGCAAAGUGCACUGUGCGAAAGGAUACACGCACCGAAGGAGGAGAUCUACGUCCAACCGAUGAAGGCGAACAAUCCAGGAUACGAUUUCGCGCUGAUGUCACUAUGCAAUCACACAAUCAUUUCGAACCACAUGGGAAUCUUCCACGCACUGAACAACGGGGGCGACGUUGUGGUGUAUGAGUUCGAACAAACGGAUGUGCGGAUUCGGUAUCUGCCGUGGUUGUUGGCCAACGAGUUGGACAGCUGGUACAUGCUGGCGUAAUCGUUCGUGACGUGAUCAAGUUAAACCCUUAUAACUUUUUCAUAGACAACGCCCAUUUUAACAUUCUAAUAAUAAUGAAAAAAUCAGUAAAAAAAAGUAGAUUAAAAUCACACCAUCGCCUUCCUAUAACAACUGUGAAAUACACUUAUUUGAAGUGACUA